UGCCAUGCUUCUUGGCGCCGUCCGGCCUGCAUCAUCGUUGGCAUACAAUUAUUCCAUCAAAAGCUCCUAUUGCACCGUCCCAGGGUCAGACGUCCAUCGCUUGUGAGCAUUUUCGCUCUCUCGGACGGCCUUACCUGGAUUUUAGUCGACUUUUGUCGCAUGCAGAAAACGUGCUGCCCUCCGACCUGGGUCUUUUGGUGCAUUCUGGCUGGCCUUUAGUCAUAACCGACCAGGUGACCGCUCCAUAGAAACCCAUCAAAGUUUUCGACGUACUCCAGUCAUUCGCUUCCAGUACUGUCCCUCCCGUUGCUAGCCUUCUUUCGUCAUAUAUAAACAAUCUUUCGCCACUCGUUUCGUCUAACUUCGACGUGCCGAAAGGAAAAAAAAAAAACAUAAAAUUCUGUCGUCUCUGGCCAAGUUGUUCGUUGCCGUAUAACUACCACGUUCCUGUCUGAGAGACCAAUCAUCCGCACAAAAAGAAGUACUUCACACUUAGUUUCUUGCUGUCAUCAUAGCAUGCACCUGAACGAGUUUCCAACUGAAAUCCUUGCCAGUAUCCUCAAGUACGCCGCUGAAUUCAAUGAGAGGGAAGGUGUGACUUUCACCUUCGGCUUAAGCCAGCCGUUGCUACGCGACCAGAAGAAGGUUCAGCGAUACGUACGAGGGCCAGUUCCGCCUCCACUUCUGAAAUGGGACUCGACGGCCUCCAUUAGACAAGUCUGCAGACGAUGGCACGACUGGGGCCUCGGCUAUGUUUUCAGAGACAUCUACGUCCGCCGCUGGCGCGGAGGCGAGCGAUGGUGUGAUCUAUCGCUCCAGCGUGACAAGUACAGCCUAUAUGAGAUGAUCGACAAUCCGCGCGGUGAACGUGUGUAUCGCAAUCCAUACCAAACGCUCACCCGAACGCGAGACUUCUUCGCGGAGCUUCCUCAGUUCGCCGUCAACGUCCGCCGACUUUGGUUCGAUGGACUGUACGUGCCAGAGACCGAUGCCCAGAUCAUCGAAAUCUUGCACAGUUGCAGGAACUUGACCACCGUCACUCUGCCAUGGACGUUACUUCGCAAUGCGUCGCCACGCGACUGGGCUGAACUUCUCGGUGUUCGGCAAGCAGCACCGCUGCACACGCUCGAGCUGCACGCCAUCGACCUGCCAGAGAAACAGGCGCAAGAAGUGCUGAGCGUAACCGACCAGCGACCACUGGAUUCACGAAUGGUCGACUUCUCACAGCUCCGACGUCUCAAGCUCUUCGGUGACACGAAGACUCGACCUAUCAACGACGAUGACCUGAAGGCCAUCGCUCGCACCGCCACCUCGUUGGAGGACUUCCAGAUCACUUGCAUGUCCACGGUUACCUUGGAUGGCGUCAUGGCGAUCGUGAAGGCGUCGCGCAACACUCUCCGGGUUCUCGAGCAUUCGCCUCGAGCGCAAGAUGGGUUCAGCCACCCGCACCCGGGCGUCUACUCCGAGAACGAGCACAUCUGCGACAUCUUGACGAGCUGCCCGAAGUUGCAGGACUUGUCGAUCUCGCUGCCAUCGAUGUGCGCUAGUCUGUUCUCGAACACACGGGUGCUGUGGAAGGGAGAUUGCCAAGUGCGCGCUUUGCAUCUCUGCGGACACGAGGAAGGCUCGACGAGCAAUGCGGCCAUUGUGGCCAUGAAGGAUCUGUUGAGGCAGGCGCGCCGUCUCAUCACCUGCCGUGCAAACGCCUAUUUCCCUGAGCAGCUCACCAUCGAACUUUUCUUUGGUGACUACAUCUUCGACCCGCACAUCGAGAGCGUCCACGGCGACUUCUCCAUGGCUGAGCUCAUCUCGCAGGGCACAUGGCCAUCUCGAAAGAUGCUUUCACGCAAGGGCCCUUACGGUACCACGGGUCUCUAUGGGAAGAAAGACGAGGAGCACCCCUUCGACCGGGUUUCUGAAGACGACUUCUUCAGCGGUGUCGGCCGAACCCUUGUUCAGCUAUGAUUACGCCUAACUCUCCAUUUAUGAUUUUUCCCUCAAACUAUUUUUUCCUGGCUCACGCUCCUCUCGGGCUCGUCAAUUGCUUUUCGAUGUCAUUAGCGCUGGAGUUGGGACUUUACGAAUCGGGAAAGUGGCUGGGUGGGCCAAACUCCAGCAACAGCAUUUGCGUGAGCGGCAAUUUUCUUUCUUCUCUUGGGCUGGUCUCAAAAAGCCAUUGCAAAAACAGGCGUCGAUGGAGGACACGAGCAUGUCGACGAACGUCGACUAUUCAUUUUUGUUGAAGCGCAUCAACGAGACAUUACGACCGUAAAAAAAAAGUUAUUGUACAACUAGUUUUAGGAAAUAUCAAAGCUGCAUGUCACGAGCCCAUUCGAGUUUGUGUGUUGCAGAAGAGUAGUGAGGUGCCCUCGUUCAGUGCGUAUCGGCCCAAGAUAAUCAUCCGAAGUAUCCGGCCUACGUAAGCAAGAAGAAC